ACGGACCUUUUGAGGCUCCAGACUGCGAAAAUUCAUAGGUAGUAAAUGUGAAUCUGCUACAUAAUCAUCAAAUGAAAAUGAACAUAAUAAACCAGUCAACACGCGACGGCUAAACCACCCAAGUCAGCCCCUUUGAAACGUUCUCUCUGUUCUCUCCAUGAUUAUCAUUAUAAACCCUAAUUUUUAAUUUUAUUUUUUCAAUUUUGAAUCUUAAUUUUGAUCUCAUCAAAUUCAAAUUCAAAUUCAAAAUCAAAAUCCGUUGAAUCAAAGAUGUCAUCGGAGAUCGAAGUUGUAGAAGAGGUCAACAACAACAGCAAAGAAGUAGGGGAAACGGCGACGUCGUCGAAUGGUGAAGAGAAUUUGAGAAAUGAUGUGUAUACAGCAGCUGCUUACGGAGAUUUAGAGAAGCUUCAAAGAUUAGUUGAAAGCGAGGGUUGUUCGGUUUCUGAACCCGAUGCUUUAGGUUAUUACGCUUUACAAUGGGCCGCUUUGAAUAAUCGAACCGCUGCUGCUCAAUAUAUCAUUCAGCACGGAGCAGAUGUUAAUGCUAGAGAUCAUACAGGGCAAACGGCACUACACUGGAGUGCUGUUCGAGGUGCUAUUCAAGUGGCUGAGCUUUUACUUCAAGAGGGGGCUCGGGUUAAUCUGUGUGAUAUUUAUGGUUAUCAGACGACACACGUUGCAGCACAAUAUGGUCAGACGGCUUUCCUUUACCACAUUGUCUCAAAAUGGAAUGCUGACCCUGAUGUUCCUGAUAAAGAUGGAAGAAGCCCUUUGCAUUGGGCUGCUUAUAAAGGUUUUGCCGAUUGUAUACGCCUUCUAUUGUUUCUGGAUGCCUACAGGGGACGCCAGGAUAAAGAAGGUUGCACUCCUCUACAUUGGGCUGCAAUAAGGGGUAACUUGGAGGCAUGUACGGUGUUAGUGCAGGCUGGAAAGAAAGAGGACCUAAUAGUGACUGAUAAUACUGGACUUACACCAGCGCAGCUUGCUUCUGACAAGAAUCACAGACAAGUUGCAUUUUUCCUAGGAAAUGCUCGGAGGUUGCUUGACAAGCGUUGUGACGGGAAUAGCCGCCUGGGACGUCUCUCAAAGUUGGGACUUGCACCUGCACUUUGGUCCCUUAUUAUAAUUAUGCUGGUGACCUAUAUUAAUUCUGUCAUUAUGGAUUCCGAUCUACCAAAGUUAACAGCUGGCUUUGGGCUUUUUGCAUGGUUGGGGUUUUUCCUAGCAACUGCUGGAUUAUUUUUGUUUUAUAGGUGUAGCAGGAAAGAUCCGGGUUACAUUAGAAUGAAUGUGCACAAUCCAGAAAACGUGAAAGAUGAUGAACCUCUUCUUAAAAUUGAGAUAAAUAAUCCGGCUUUGCUAGCUGGAAAUUGGUCUCAACUCUGCCCAACAUGCAAGAUUGUUAGACCUCUGCGUGCAAAGCACUGUUCUACAUGUGAUCGUUGUGUUGAACAAUUUGACCAUCAUUGCCCCUGGGUAUCCAAUUGCAUAGGCAAGAAAAACAAAUGGGAUUUCUUUAUGUUUCUUCUUCUAAUGGUUUCAGCAAUGCUGAUUACUGGUGCAGUAUCUCUUACAAGAGUUGUGACUGAUCCAGUAGCUCCAUCUACAUUUGGAGCAUGGUUAAACCAUGCUGCGACUCAUCAUGUUGGUGCUAUUUCAUUUUUGCUCGUUGAUUUUCUUAUGUUCUUUGGCGUCGCAGUGUUAACUGCUGUGCAAGCUUCUCAGAUAUCUCACAACAUAACAACAAAUGAAAUGGCAAAUCAAAUGCGUUAUAACUACCUCAGAGGUCCCGGUGGCCGCUUUAGAAACCCAUACGAUCAUGGCGUGAGAAAGAAUUGUUCUGAUUUCUUGAUUAAUGGCUAUAAUGAAGACGUGGAAUCUGUCGAAGAUUCUGUACAUUCGGACGAGGGAAUUGGAUUGAUGCACAUGACAAGGGAUUCAAGCUCGCAAAAUGGGGACGCGCACUCUCAUCACAUGAAUGGCAAUGGCCACGUCGCACUUGAUGUGAAUUCAGACACCAAAGUCCAUCAAGGUCAUGUCCAUUCUUCUAAUUGCUCUCAUAAUAACCAUGGAAGAAGUAGAACAGAUAAUAGUAGCGCUCCCUUGGGUUUAGGUCUCGGUCUUGGACUUGGACGGACCGCUGUUCGAACUGUUGCAGCCUCAUGAUAUUGUGUUGUGUGCGAAUUGGGUGCAAGCCGAAACUGAUGUGUGUUGUAUCAUAACACAUCCGAUUAGGUUCUGUAAUUUAAUUGAUUGUUGCUUCUUUUUACCCCCUCUAUACGUGUUUGAUUUUGUACAAAUUUUAUUCUUUUAAAUAGUUGUAGCAGCAGCAUUCACUAUUAAUGUCAUUUGGCAUCCAGUUUUUAGUGAAAAUUAAUGGAAACGUAGGUAAGCUAA